GCCACGACGGUUCCGAGACAGAGAAAGAGACGAGAGAUUUUUUUUCAAAAAAUUCAACAUUUGUAAACAGGAGCGAACCCUAACCGAUUCUCAAUCUCUCCCACUUCUCCAUCGUUCCUUUUCCGCUGAAAUGGCGAGUGAGAGUUCCCAAUCUCCCUCCCCGUCGCCGUCGCCGUCGCCAUCUCCGUCGAUGGGCGACACGUUCGUAGGAAGCUUCAUCAGUCUAGUUUCGAACUCCGAGAUCCGUUACGAAGGCAUUCUCUACCAUCUCAACGUCCAUGACUCCACGCUAGGUCUAAAGAACGUUAGAUCUUGUGGAACUGAGGGGAGGAAGAAAGAUGGGUCGCAAGUUCCGCCGUCUGAUACUGUUUACGAUUACAUUCUUUUCCGCGGAAGUGACAUUAAGGAUCUGCAAGUGAACCCUUCUCCAUCUCCACAACCAAGACAGGAGAUUCAGCGUGAACAAGACGUUAAUCAGACCUCUCAUGCUAGGCCAGCUAUGAGCUCCCCGCCUUCUGGUUAUGGUUUGGGGAGAGGAGGUCAAUGGUUGCAUACAACACCUGCUUUGAGUAGUAAACCAGUUCCUGCUACACAGCAUUCAUCUGUUCCUUUAGGCUUCCAGCCUCCUCCACCUAAUGCUGGAAGCUUGAUAGAAUCUCCAGCAAGCCUUAUUGGUUCAGGCAAUAGUAACGCUGGUCUGUCUAUGCCCAUGCCUUCUUUUGUGCAAGGAAACAAACUACCUUCCACUAGUGUCCCUCCUGGUAUGAUGCACCAGGAAGUUUCAUCAUCCUCUACGAAGCUCAAUGAUCCUCAGAUUUUAGAUAUGUCUGCUUCACCGGUUAUGGGAUUAGUUGAUGAUACAUCACAGGUUGUUACUCCUACACCCGACGUUGUUUCUAGUCAAGCAUACUCUUCUAACCCUUCUCCCCUUGGUCAAGCACAGCACCAUACUCCACCUGGACUUGCUUCUUCACCCUCCAACCUUUCUGCUCCAUAUAUUCAGAACAGUUACCCCAUUGCACCCCAGGCUGUUGGUAAUGGUGUCUAUGACUCUCUUUCUAACCAUCAUAACCGAUCGAUACCUUAUAACAUACCAGCUAUGACUUCUCACUCAGCUCCUGUAGUUCCUGGUCGGUUUUCGAAUUCGCCCCAGUCAUUUUCUGAUAUGAAGCCAUUACUACAAUCUAGGCAGAUGGUCGAUAGGGGUCAAGAGAUGUUUGUUGCAACUAACCCGGUAUCAGUGGGUGUGCCAUCUCGAAGUCUUGCUACCACAUAUCAAGCGCCAUUGCUGCCUCUUGCGGCUACAGCUCAUCAGUCUGGGAUCCCUGGUUCCAGGAAUGAGUUCACUGAAGAGUUUGAUUUUGAGGCAAUGAACGAAAAGUUCAACAAAAGUGAGCUAUGGGGUUUUCUCGGUAAAAACAAUCAAAUCAAUCACAGGGAAGAAACUAUAGUUGAGCCUAGCGAAGAAGGGAAGGCAAAGCCUGCUUAUAACAAAGAUGACUUUUUCGAUACAAUCUCGUGUAAUCCCCUUGACCGUGUAGCAAGAAGCGGACAACAACAACUAGACAGCCGGUUUCCGGAGCAUAUGAGACAAAAUCCUGAGGCAUAUGGUAACCAUUUUCAAAUGCCACUUCAACCACAACCGGGCCAGGGUGCAUAUCUCGCUGCACAGACCAAUUACAGAGGCGGAUAUGAUAAUAAUAGUAAUUACAACAACAACUACCACUCAAAUUCGGGUUAUGGUUACUACUCAGGUGGGAGAGGCCGAGGCAGAAACACUCAUUUCUGAAUUUUUGCUUUCAUUAAAAGGGGAUUUGGUGGUCACUCACACUUCCUUCUCUUAACCGCUGUCUUUGAAUCCCAAGAUUUGGUGGCAUAUCAUAUUGGCAAGUUCAUUUUCCUUUUUUUUUUUUCUGUUUGAUAAGCUUUAGCCUCUAGGGAGAAUGUUGUUUGUUCUUCAAUGAAACAAAAAAGUACUACGAACCUUUUGGUAUAUGCAAAUCUUUAAUUAAAUUUUCUCUCAA